CGGCGGCGGCAGGCGAGCGGGUCGGAGGCUGAGCGCGCAGAGCGAGAGCGGCCGGCGGGUCGGAAGCGCCGCGGAGCCGUCGCACCGGAGACUGCUGUUGCCGCGCGGGCCCCGCCGAGGAAGGAAGCGGCCGCCCGGGGGAGGUGAAGCUCGCGGUGUGGAGGGCAGCAGUGAAAUCAGACGACGGAUGGACAGUGUGACCAGAGCUUCAGAAAGGAUCGGGCCUGGCUGUGAGAGGCAGCCCCGAGUCUGGGUGUUGACCAGUUGCUGAAAAGGAAGCCAGGGCGAGCCGUGCCACGCAGAGGACGUGGAGCCCUGUCUUCAGCCGCACUAUUGAUGGAGGACAGAUGGACAGCCGGAUGGCCACUCACGCCUCCCCUUGAGCCUCUGGAGAGUGCCUCUUUGUGGUCGGCCGGACACCUAGGAGGGUCUGGGACUCGCUCUGUGACCCCGGCGGCCGUGCAGAGGUAGAGGUGGUUCACAGCGUGCGUCCUGACCCGGCUUGUGCAUGCCUGCAGAACUGCCGACAUGAGUGCCGAGGGCUACCAGUACCGGGCGCUGUAUGACUACAAGAAGGAGAGGGACGAGGACAUCGACUUGCACUUGGGGGACAUACUGACUGUGAACAAAGGAUCCUUGGUCGCGCUGGGCUUCAGUGAGGGGCAGGAAGCCCGGCCUGAAGACAUCGGCUGGCUAAAUGGCUAUAAUGAGACCACGGGGGAGAGGGGCGACUUCCCGGGGACCUACGUGGAAUAUAUCGGAAGGAAGAGAAUCUCGCCUCCUACUCCGAAGCCCCGGCCGCCUCGACCCCUUCCUGUUGCGCCAGGUUCUGCCAAAUCCGAGGCGGACAGUGAGCCACCAGCUUCCACGCUUCCAGACCUUGCAGAGCAGUUCGCCCCUCCCGAUGUCGCCCCGCCUCUUCUUAUCAAGCUCUUGGAAGCCAUUGAGAAGAAAGGUCUGGAAUGUUCAACUCUCUACAGAACGCCAAGCUCCAGCAACCCUACAGAACUACGACAGCUUCUUGAUUGUGACGCAGCCUCCGUGGACCUGGAAGCGAUGGAUGUGCAAGUGUUAGCCGAUGCUUUCAAACGCUAUCUCCUGGAUUUACCCAAUCCCGUCAUCCCUGUAGCCGUGUACAGCGAGAUGCUUUCCUUAGCCCAAGAAAUACAGAGCGCCGAAGAAUAUACCCAGGUGUUGAAGAAGCUCAUCCGGUCGCCUAACAUACCUCAUCAGUAUUGGCUCACGCUUCAGUAUUUGCUAAAACACUUCUUCAAGCUCUCGCAAGCCUCCAGCAAGAGUCUCUUAACUGCAAGAGUGCUCUCAGAAAUUUUCAGCCCUAUGCUUUUCAGAUUCCCUGCGGCCAGCCCCGAUAAUACUGAGAACCUCGUUAAAGUUAUAGAAAUUUUAAUCUGCAACGAAUGGAGUGAUCGACAACCUGCACCAGCACUGCCUCCCAAGCCACCAAAACCCACUACUGUUGCCAACAACGGGACGAACAACAACAUGUCCCUGCAGGACGCAGAAUGGUACUGGGGGGACAUCUCAAGGGAAGAGGUGAACGAGAAACUUCGAGAUACAGCAGAUGGGACCUUCUUGGUACGAGAUGCAUCUACUAAGAUGCAUGGUGAUUAUACUCUUACACUAAGGAAAGGAGGAAAUAACAAAUUAAUCAAAAUAUUUCACCGAGAUGGGAAAUAUGGCUUCUCUGACCCAUUAACCUUCAACUCUGUGGUUGAACUAAUAAACCACUACCGGAAUGAAUCCCUAGCGCAGUAUAAUCCCAAACUGGAUGUGAAGUUGCUUUAUCCAGUGUCCAAAUACCAACAGGAUCAGGUUGUUAAAGAAGAUAAUAUUGAAGCUGUAGGGAAAAAAUUACAUGAAUAUAACACUCAAUUUCAAGAGAAAAGCCGAGAAUAUGAUAGAUUAUAUGAAGAGUAUACCCGUACUUCCCAGGAAAUCCAAAUGAAAAGAACAGCUAUUGAAGCAUUUAAUGAGACCAUAAAGAUAUUUGAAGAACAGUGCCAAACCCAAGAGCGGUACAGCAAAGAAUACAUAGAAAAGUUCAAGCGCGAAGGCAAUGAGAAGGAAAUACAAAGGAUUAUGCACAAUUAUGAUAAGUUGAAGUCUCGAAUCAGCGAGAUUAUCGACAGCAGGAGGCGCCUGGAGGAAGACUUGAAGAAGCAGGCAGCCGAGUACCGGGAGAUUGACAAACGCAUGAACAGCAUCAAACCAGACCUCAUCCAGCUGAGAAAGACGCGAGACCAAUACUUGAUGUGGCUGACUCAGAAAGGUGUCCGGCAGAAGAAGCUGAACGAGUGGCUGGGCAACGAGAACACGGAAGACCAAUACUCGCUGGUGGAAGAUGACGAGGACCUGCCCCACCACGACGAGAAGACAUGGAACGUCGGCAGCAGCAACCGCAACAAAGCCGAAACCCUGCUGCGUGGGAAGCGGGACGGCACCUUUCUCGUCCGGGAGAGCAGUAAACAGGGCUGCUACGCCUGCUCCGUGGUGGUGGACGGCGAGGUCAAGCACUGUGUCAUCAACAAGACGGCCACUGGCUAUGGCUUCGCCGAGCCCUAUAACCUGUACAGCUCCCUGAAAGAACUGGUGCUACAUUACCAACACACCUCACUCGUGCAGCACAACGAUUCUCUCAACGUCACACUAGCCUACCCGGUCUAUGCACAGCAGAGGCGAUGAAGCACUCACCCUCGAUCCUUCUCCUCCAGUGCAACACCACGAGGCCUCUGGGAAGCAAAGGGCUCCUCUCCAGCCUGACCUGAGCAUUGAGCUGCGGGAACGAAGCCAUCUGGCUGCAGAUGGGACUUAGAGCAUUCUUUGACACAAAAAAAGAAAAGAAAAAAAAGAAGAAGUAGUAGAGGAAGACAGGCAGCCUUGGGCUGUAGGAUGAUGACCAUACGUUUCUAAUCCGGAGUGCUUUUCCUUUUUUUUUUUGUUUAAUUUGAAGCCACAACACCACAAAGAGAAAAAGAAAUGCAAAAAUCUCUGCGUGCAGGGACAAAGAGGCCUUUAACCAUGGUGCUUGUUCAUGCUUACCGAAGCUUUACCAGCUACACGCGGGGACUCUGGAGACCCGAGGGUGGACAGGCCCCCCAGAGCCCCAGCCUGGAGAACGCGUGGGGCCAGCCUGGUUCGGCCUGGGCGUUGCUGUGCGCGGUGGACUCAGCGUGGCACUGUGGGUUCUCUCACUUUCUAACGAGUGAAUGAUAUGUAGCAGAAAGGCACUUCGCUCCCAAGAGACGCUUUGGGAGCACGUCAGCUCAUGGACGUUCGGAGUGCCGGGAAGUGUUUUGUUUGAGCUCGUCAGACAAACAAAACCCAGCCGCAGAAGAAGUGGAGCUCGGAAAAGAGACCUUCAAAUGACAUUCAGUAUAUAAAAUAUGUACAUAAUAUUGGAUGACUAACUAUCAAAUAGAUGGAUUUGUACCAAUACCAAAUAGCUUCUGUUUUGUUUUGCCGAAGGCUAAAUUCACAGCGCUAUGCAAUUCUUUAAGUUUCAUUAAGUCGUCGUCUCAGUUUUAAAUGUACCUUCAGAAUAAGCUUCCCCACCCCCAAGUUUCAUUGCUUGAAAAUAUUGUCAUCCCUGAUUUUUGUUAAUAUUCAUUUUGUUACUUUUUUUUUUUUUUUUAAGAAAUGUACAGGAUGCCAGUUUUAAAAAAUGGCUUCAGAAUUAAAACUAUGAACUAUUUUACAGUUUUCCUUGUACAGAGUACUUGGCUGUUAGCCUAAGGUUAAAAAAGUUCCGAACAGAUUUUUUUUUUUUUUUUGGACUAAAUGUUUUGUUGGGCAGUGCCUGAUAAGCUUCAAAGCUGCUUUAUUAAAUAAAAGAAAAAGAAAGAUUAUAUAAAUAUGACAAAGUAUCGCAGAGUCCAACGAUGUUGUUUUAAGACUCUUAAAAUACGGUACCUAGCAAUGUUUGUUUCAUAAUGAAUUGUGAACUUCUGGAACCUGGGGAGGGGCGUUAACAGGCAGGGUGGUGGGAGGCAGGGGAGAUGGUAUGCACUUUCUCGUGGUGACAGAGAAGACUCAAGGUGAAGUUGCCUGCCCUUCAGUCUUUUCCCAAGCGGAUGCGUUAGUAGUUAUCAGUGAAUGGCAGUUCUCAACCUACUGUAACUCUUAACAGUGCAGCUGGUCAGGUGUUUCAUUUCUUACACAGGCAGUGCCGGGAAUUUGUGUUGGGGUUCCUGAAACAGUGCUCACCUUUGUUGAGGACGCCAGUUCAAAGAAUUCUCUGCCUUUAGAAAAUGUAACUUUUUCCUCUUUAACAUGAGACUAUUCAUUAUGACCAUCAAACAUUCAUUUUAGAAAAAGCAUGAUCUGAAAAAAAAUACUUUUAGUGGGAUGUUUGUUCUUUUCUUAGCUUUCCAUUCGAUGUUGAACAUAAACAGGCAAGAGCAUACUCAUUGCUGCAGGCUCCUGGAGCUCAUUAAAGUCAUGGCCAUUGCAGAAAUCCAAAUGGUGGACCCUCUCGUUCAUCCAAGUCAUUGUACGUGUUACACACUUCACUGUGGGGCAAAGCGUCCAGGGCUCUUAGCAUAAUCUUGCCAAUUUAGGGUGAGAGUGAGAGGUCUCUCUCCCCGAUUUACAUAUGCAAAAGCUGUUAUUUUGAGUAGGAAUUGGUCAUGUGUUGGGAGGAAGGAAGGCAAAUGACAACCAUGGCUCCUGUCCUGGUAGUUUAAAAUGGAACCUUGCAAUUUCACCUUCCCCUUCUCACUGUUCGAGCCAACCACAGCUUUAUUCCCUUUCAGAUACUAAGGUGAGGGUGUUUUGUUUUUUAUAAUGUUGUUCCUUUAAAAAAAAAAAAAAAAAACUUUGGGGAAAAAGAGACCAGUUGAAGCAGCCGAGUUAACUGUCUAUAGAAUGUAUUAUUUUUCCUCUGUACCUGAAGCUACUCCUACUCAAGAGUAGAACUCGGUCUCACAGCCAGACGGUCAGCCCUCGACUCGACCAUUACUGAUCUCCCUCCAGUCACUAGACAAUUGAUGAUUUCCCUGGCGUUAGUUUUGUGAGUGUUGAUGCUUUGAAACUUCGGGUGGUGAUGCUAUUCCACAUCACACCGAAGUCUAAGAGCUCACUAGUUACUAGUUUAUCAGGUAGGUUGGGGUCCUUUCUCUUUUCUUUUUUUUUUUUCCUGGUGGGGGGAUUGGUAUAGCACAAUAUGUAUGCUAGUAAAUAUAAUUUUCAUUUACUAUUUCUGAUAGAAGAUCUGAGAUCAAAGGUUUCCUUUAAAGCUACAGUUUUGUCCAUGUGUUUUGCUUCAACACUCUUUGCAAGAUGACAUAGUAUUAGGCAGUUGCCUUAUUUUUGCAUCUCACAAGCAGAAGUGCAAUAGAUGGUUCAUGGAGCAGCAGGCGGGAAUCGUUCCGGAGAGCAGUGAGCCACCCCGCCCUGCUCUGCCCAAUGCCUUCUUGAUGGCAGUAGAGCAGGCCCAGCACAUUCGUGCUUGGAAGUGUCAGGCCAGCAGGGCUCUGGGUUCCAUCAGUCAGUCAUCUCCUAAGAACCUUCUCCGAGUGGCUCAUGACUACAGUUGCAUACAGCAGAGGCACUCCUGAUACGAGAUUUUUAUCUGUGCAUCAGUCUUUCCCAGUGUCGCUUCCUAGAGGCAAAACCGGAGCUAAGCUGCAGAGAGGCUGCUGUAGGGCUGCAGGUGGGAGCACGAGGACCUCAGAGGACACGCGAGAGAAACCAUAACCACGUGCAAAGGCAGGAAGUGUGUGUGUGACAUUCGGCAACUUCACAGCCCUGGAUAUAUGUAUAUAUGUAUAUGUGCAUGGACUGUGUUACCAGUGUUUGCAGUACACCUUUCAGCAGAAACAGUUCCACAGUCGUCGAGUUCAAGUACAUAACAAGCAAGUGUUCAGUACUGUUCCUGUAUAUCUGUCUGGGUUGCUUUACUCCCUUUGAGGUUGCUUUGUUUUGUCUUACCGAGGUGAAAAUUGCUUGCAAGUGAAGUGAGAAGUUCAUAAUUCUUUGACUUUUUCCUGUGUUUCGAAGCGACUCCUUUAGGGAGUUGGUCUGGAUGAUCCCGUUUAUCUUGGAAAUUCUCAUUUUUGGUGUAUCGAGUCAGUUUGUGUUUAUGUGAGCUGUCACUGUGGGGAACCGAUUGCUUUGUCAUAUAGCUGGUUAUGAGCUAGUGAUGUGUUUGGGAAGUCCUACUGAUGUUCCUUAUUGGGAGAAAAAGUCUGCUGGUUUUAGCAACUGCUUUUGCUAUGCAUGGUAUCCAAGUGAGUUGGAAAGCAGACCCUGGUAUUGAGUUUAGGGUCGUUUAAGAAAGGGGCAGUUUUUAAGCACAAUGCCUCACAUGGGACAAAGUUCCAAAAUGCCAAAUUCUAUUUUUUAAAAAUCUUAUAUAAAUACUAGUAUAGGUGGGGAGAGAAUAGAAUUGGGUCAAUUGGAAAGACUCUCCAACUAAAUAUUAAACUUGUCACCAUGAGAUAGCAUUAGCUGCCCAGGAUGCUGCUAUUUAAAAAAAAAAAAAAAAAAAAAAAACAAAAAAAUAAAACUCAUUUAUACGUGUGUAUUUUUUAAAGCUACAACCUGUUCAAUGUUUUUACAAAUCUGUUUCUAUGACGUUGUUAAAAUAAAGUUGGUCUUUUGACGAGAGGGAGGAUAUGAUGGUCAGUUGUCAUUUUGCCUUUACAAGGCAACCAGGGUGGGGGGUGGGGGGGAGUGUGCCUCCUUGACAUUUUGUUCAAGUUAUAGAAAUUCAAUGGAGCUAUGUCUUGUUGUUUUAAGUUGCUUUAAUGCAUUGUAUUAGGUCUUCAAACAGAAUAAAGGUUGUUUUGAAACUUCA